AUGGAUUUAACGUCUGGGAAUAUUGCUUUCUAUCUGCCCUGGCUACUCAGUGAGGUGGCUACCAGUUGCUUUGUUGCUAUGGACCUCGAGAUGUCCGGCAUCGCCCUCUCUGUGAAAUACCAGGGCACCAAGUCUCUCCAGAAGCACUACGAAGAAAACAAAGCUGCUGCGGAAAAGUACCAGGUACUACAGGUUGGAUUGACAAUCUGCCGUGAGGACAAAGAAAGAGGGAGCUAUGUGCUCAGACCCUACAACAUCUCGCUCAACCCGUGUCUGGACCGCAAUCUCAACGUUAACCGGGAUUGUACUUUUAUGGGCUGGUCCAUGGAAUUCUUGGCUGGCCACAGGUUCGAUGUUGGCAGCCUCUUCACCCACGGUGUACGCUAUUUGUCCCGGGAUGAGGAGAUUGCAGCUCGGGAGGAAGCUGUCCGACGAUGGGCUCCUACUGAUCCCAUGGAUAAUAUCGAACACAAGCUUCGGGAUGAAGCAGACAUCAAAUUUCUUGAGGCUGUCCGUUGUCAAAUUGAGACAUGGAUAGCCGGAGGGAAGACACGCGGUACGUAUCUAAGCAUCCCUCCUACUACCAACGGGCAUGGAAAGGUUCGCCAGGGUUGCCCGAACGAUUUGAGCAAGACACAGAAAUGGCUCAUACACAACUUGGUCAAGACGGAGUUUCCGAGCCUGAAGUCUCGAGGCAUGCCCACGUAUAUCCAGAUUGAGCAGCGCAACGGCGGUGCCAUGGAGUUCAACGACAGAAUCAGAGAGAGUGACCAGCGCAUUCGAAAGCAUGUGGGAUUCCGAUGGAUCGUAGAGGCUUUGGCCGGCGGCGACCUGUCAGAACUAGAGCCGGCGACCUUCGCGGACCUUUUACCAGAGGACACAGAUCCGUCCAUCACAGCGAAAGUGCUCGCGGACCGAAUCAAGGAACGUUUGAAGGAGAACCGGCCUAUCCUCGUGGGCCACAACAGCUUUACCGAUAUGGUGUUCUUCUACAGAUGCUUUCUUGGCCCUCUUCCCAAUGCGGUAGAGGAGUUCAUCGCCCUGAUUCAUGAGACAUUUCCCAUCCUGGUUGAUACCAAGUUCCUGGCGACUCAGGAUUUCGACGCUAUGAAUCUGUCCUCUUCACUGGAGGAGCUCAACAAGACCUUGGCAAAGAUCACGAGCCCAAGGAUUGAAACCGACAGCUUGUACUCAAAGUACUUCUGCAAGAGAAGUGCCCACGAAGCUGGUUACGACAGCAUGCUCACUGCAAUCGCAUUCCUCAAGCUGUCGACUCAUCUCGAGGAUGGAAAACUUCCCAAGGGAACGAGGGGCCGUCUGGAGGACAUUGCGUAUCGGCUCGUCACUCCUACUACAACUGUAGUACAGGACCUCUUCCCAAGCAUCCCUCAGGACCCUUUCAGAGAGUUCUUCAAUACCGAAGAUGAAGAAAAAGAACAACAACAAGCUGAAGAGCUUGGCCUGGAGACAGUAGCGCUUUCCAUCGCCUAUACGGGGUCGAAGAGCGACAACGACAAGGUGCGGCAAAAGUUGUUGAUUCCACGCCUAGGCAGCAAGUUCUGGCUCGAAUAUGGUAACAAACUGCGAGUCUUCGGGACAACUGAGAAGACUGCAUAUUUUGGACCGAUUGAGAAGCCCGCGCACCUGCGAGCGCGGAAGAAGACCAAGAACUCCGGAGCAAAUGGAGCAAAUGGAGCAAAUGGGGGAGUGAGCGACGAUGAGGAGUUGGCGAUCAACACGAACUUGAUCUACCUCUAG